CAGUGCAAUGUAGACGUCGGUUGGCACUGCAAGCAAACUGUCAAAUGGACCCGGAAGACUUAGGUGUAUAUAUUUUAAAAUAAAUAAUCAUUGUUUUAGAAUGCUUACUCUUUCCUAUGCUUUUCUUUUUUUACACGGCUAAGAGGGCUGUACAAGUGCCGUACCUACACAUCUUCUCAACUUAAGUAGCUUAAGUUACAGUCCUACCUGCUUUUCUAGUUUGAAGAUGAUUUGACCAGUAGGAUAUUGCUGCAAACUUUAGUUGACGUGGUCUACUUUUGUAUUAUUAUCGUUGUUUGUUUUGUUGUGGUUGAUUCUUCCUUCUUUGGACUGUGAUUACGAUGAAUAAGAAAGGAGGCUCCAAGUUUAAGAAAAUUUUCUACAAGAGCAAAUCAUCAGAAAGCCAACCGGACAGUGGGGGUAAACUUUUAAAAAAACGUCCAAGUCGUCCUGGGGAUGCAGAACCCAAGAGUCCAAAUGGUGCGAAAAAGAAAACAUUUGGUUCGUGGCGCAAGAAGAAAAAUCCAAACGAACCAUCUUCACCUGUGGGUACAGGACCGGAUUUUACAGAUGAGACGGAGGACCUCGACAGUAGAAACAUAUCAUUUGACGCAGUAAGUACAAGAACAGAGAACAAUUUAACAUUACCCAAAAGUCCAUCAGACUGGGAAAUGGAUUCUUACACAACUACAACCUCUGCAACUAAAGCUAGGAAGAAUCGCUCUCCAACAGAUGAAAAAAACAGAGUUUUUGAACGACUUGGGACAUUCUUCAAUUCUGGCAGGAGAAGAAAAAGUAAAGGGUCAUCUGAAGUUUCAGAGGCUACAACUGAAGAACCUGCUUCAUUUGCAGAAUACACAGCCUCCCCCAGGCAGGAUGAGAGAGAGGGGAUCAAGAGAACAGAUGAUUUGCCUGGGUCUCGGGCUUAUGAAGUGACAGCUUCUGGGGACCAACAGGAAAACAAAAACAAAUCUGCACAUACUGUAGAAAUAGUGUCUGUAAAACAGGCCAUUAAACACCUAGAUAUCACCACACACAGUAGUAAACUACAGAGUUUUGAGAAGGUCAUUGACUUUUCGCAGCAUUCAACUAAAUCAGUUAGCCAGGGUUCAUCCCUGAGAAGCUCAAAGAGCCUUGUGAUUAACGUGGGUAGUUCAACAAAGCUUCAGACAGGAGGAGAACAGAGGGUCGAAAGGAAUGUGAAACAUUUUAAAACCUUGCCUUCCAGGAAGGGGUCUGCUUCAGAUUCUGAUUUGGAAAAAACAGAAGGCCCAGCCAAGGAACUUCAGGUGUAUUUGGAAGAGAUAAGCGUGAGUAGCGGCACCAAAGGUUUACCAGGCAAAUCUGUAGGAAACAAAUUCACAAGGAAGUCUGAUAUUGUUUCAAAAGUUGGCUCAAGAUACCAAGAAAUUACACAGACAAAAGAGUUCGGAUUUCAAGAGCCUUCCAGCACUAAGACAUCCAAGGAUAACAAGGACUUGCCUCCACCUGAGCUCACUAGGGAGAGUCUGCUGGCACCCAAAGAAGUAUCCACUGCAUAUCAUGCAGUAAGUCGACGCAGUUUAUCUAAUGCUGAAACACCUUUAGCAGGUAAUGAACCAGAAUCACAAAGACUUAGAGAUUGUUCAGAAGUCAAAUCGCAGAAAGAAACAAAGGCUCUCACUGUUGAAGUAUUCUUGCAGCCUGAUGGAGACUGUAGCCCUGGCCUCUCAGCUGGAGAAUGUCCCAUUGCGGAAGCUGAAGUAAUGAGAAGAAAGAGUAGACACAGUGGGGGUGAAAGGUCACUGAAAUCACCUGACAGCCAGCAGCCUGUUGAUGAGAAACCAGUAUGCAGCACAGAUAAUACCUUCUGUGAAGUCACAGAAACGAAGAUCAACGCUGUCAUGGGAAAUAGCGUUGAGGAUUCUCAGCAAGCACUUGAAGCAAGUUGCACAGUCUUGCUUAAUCAAGAGGGAAGGGUGGAAACUAAUUUAAUCAAAUCACCAGAAAUGAUUAAGCAGCAACUCCCAAGCCUUGAGCUUCCCAGAAAAAGUACAAUGGCUCAACACUCACCUCUGCCAGUGUUUGCUUUACCUGCUUCAAUGAAUACUCGGAGCAAAGAGUGUGCAUCAACAGGCAUCACAGUGCAAGCUGGACUUCAAAGCAACAUGCCAGCUGUAUUUACAACAAAAAACACACAGGUGGGAAAUGCAAAUGAGGCUGUACACCAGGAAGACAGUCGGGUUGCAGUCAGUGUUAUGAAUGCUGAAAUUAAACCCUCGGAGGGAGAAGCAACAACACUUUCCCUGGAAUCCACCAGAACACCUUCUAAAGCACUUCAUGGACAGAAGGCUUUAUCCAAAAAAGCGAGUUUGCAAUUUGAAGUCACUCAGGGUAAAGCUGAAUACAAUAGAAAGGGUGUGAAAGAGGUGAUAACCAAGGCCACUACAACCUCCGUGAAAUCUGAAAUCAAAAUACCACCUAUUCUCAAAAAAGUCAAUGUAGAAGUUAAAUUAGCAGAGAAGCCAGGCAAGCUUAAAGACCGGAUCAGCGUGUUUGAAAAUAAAACAAGCUUUAAGGAAAAAGAAUUUUUUGUCACAAAAAACAUUGCACACUCUCCAAAAUUCUCUAAAAAGUUUACUGGAAGAACAAACCUGAAAAUUAAUCGGCCAUCUGAAAGCAAGAUAAUGGAAGGGGAAAAAAAGAUUGAUGGUCUGAAUAAAAGUGAUGAAGUGGGGGUAUGGGGAAAUAAUCAAGGGGAUCUGCAGACAGCAGCUGAGCAGCCAGACCACACUGAGAACACUGUCCAGUCUAAUACUUUUAAUCAGAAUCAGAUAUCCACUGAGAAGACUUCUGUUGACUCUACGUCCCUGGGAACUUCAACGAAUAUCAAGACAACUACUGUGACGUCAAAGAGUUCUUCAGAAACUCCACAGCUAGAAAACAACAACUGUGACAUUCCAAAACAAAAAAUAGAGCUGAUUGAAAAGGCAAAAACAGAGGUUAUAGAAACUAAAGCACCCAUUGUCAUAAAAGAAGAACUUCCUUCUACAGUUAAACCGGAAGCCAUUGUCUUCUUGAUUUCAAACAGAUCAGCACCUGGGACUUCAUCCAAACGUCAAACAUCAGAAGUAGUGCCAGUGACUAGUGGGGCAUUGACCUCUGUUGAUGAAGGUAAAACAAAGGCACCAGCUAAAGAAGAAAAUAUGUUAGCUGGAGAUAGCUUAGCUAUGCAGCAAACCACAGUAAUUACCCAAAUUCAAGAGCAGGUUACACAGGUAAAAAAUAAAGCUGCAACUGAAAAUACUUUCAAUGUGCAGGAAAGUACUGAACAACCCCUACCUGAUGCCAAACAGCAAAGAUUUACAGGAAUUGAUACCUGUAGACAGCAACUUGGCAGAAGUACAGCACAAAACUCGCCCAGUUCUGCACAUGCAACUGCAAACCAACAAUUAGAUUUGAAUAAUGUACCAAAAGAACACGACCCGUCUGCAAUUUCACAGCAAAAUAAAAUAAUUCAAGAAAAAACUGAUACAAAAAACAAACUUCUUGUAUCUGUACUUGAUUUAAACACCGAAAAGCAACAGGCUAAUGAUCUUGUUGAUGCGAAAAUUGAAUUUUCUGCCUCUGAAAAGCACAUCACAACUAAACAAAAAACUUCAGGUACUGUUGUGAAGACAUUGCCUACAUCCGGACAGAAGAGUCCAAUUAAGGAACAAUCUGAUAUUAGUUUGCAGACUGGAAGCAAACUGCCAAGACCUGUUCAAAAAAGUACCUGUAAGCAGCUAUCCAUCAAUGAUACUGAGCAGCACCCUGAGAGUAACUUUUUAAAAGUGGAAAAAGAUCCCCAUACUUCCUUAAAGCAAAACACCACCAAUCCACAACCAGACAAUAUAGUUUUAAAGACAGUAAGUGAACUGUCUACGUCAGAACAGAAGAGUCCCAUUAAGGACAAGUCUGGUAAUGUUUUACAAACUGGAAGCAAACUGCCUAGACCUGUUGAGAAAGGCAUCUCCAAGCAGUUGUCUAAUUAUGAUUCUGUUAAUGCAACAAGUGAAUCAGUGAAAUUGGUUCAGCAACAUAGCACUGAGCAACAGUCCAACAGUAACAUUUUACAAACAGUGAAGAAACUGAGUACCAUAACACAAUCUGAUAAUGUUAUAAAGGCAGAAAGUGAAUUGGCUAUGCCUGGGGAGAAAAGUACAUCUGUGAAAAAAUCUGAAAGUAGUAUUGUGCAAAUGGAAAAGGAGUUUAGUACACCUGUACAGCAAUCUGCAGAAAGCACUGUUGUAAAAACAGCAGGUGAAUUGCCUACAACUGGAGAGAAGAGCUUUACUAAGAAACAGUCUGAAGUUAGCAUUGUACAGGCAGAAGAAUACAUUCCAAAAUCUGAGCUGAAGAGGUCUGAGAAUUUUGCAGAAACAGCAAGUGAAUUGACCAUAUCUGGACAGAAAAGUUGUGUUGCACAACAUGAAAAAGAGUUGAAUAUAUCUGUACAGCAAGCUGCAAUCAAAGUACAAUCUGAGACUACUACAAAGACACUGUCUAAAAGUAGUAUUGUACAAGAAGAAAAAGUAUCUAAAUUAGUACAGGACAGCAAUACAAAGGUACAAUCUGACACCAGCGUUGUAAAAGUAACAGAUGAAUUUACUACAAAAGGACAGGAGAGUCCUGCAAAGAAACAGUCUGAAAUUAACACUGUACAAGCAGAAAAAGACUUGCCUAAAUUUGUGCUGAAUAACACUACCAAAGUACAGUCUGAGAAUGUUGUGGAAGCAACUAGUGAAUUGACUACAUCUGGACAAAAAAGUUCUGUUAAGAUACAAUCUGAGACUAGCAUUGCACAAAAGGAAUUAACCAGGACUGGACUGGAAAGUUCUGCUAAGAAACAAUCGGAAAGAAAUAUUGUACAAUUGGGAAAAGACUUGCCUAUGUCUGUCCAGAAUGUUGAUGAAGCAACAAGUGAAUUGACUAUACCUGGACAAAAAAGUAAGAAGCCAUCUGAGUGUGGUGUUCAACAAAUGGAAGAAGAGUUGAGUACAUCUGGACAGCAAACUAAAAUCAUCAAAGUACAAUCUGAUGGUGAGGUUGUAAAAACAAUUGGUGAAUUGUCUGGGACUGGACAGGAGAGUUCUAAGAAACCAUCUGAAAGUAUUGUGCAAGCACAAAAAGACUUGCCUAGAUCUGAGCAGAAUGUUGUAGAAGCAACAAACAAAUUGACUUCAUCUGUACAAGAACGUACUGUUCAGAAACAAUCAGAGGCUGUUAUUACACAGACUGAAAGCAAAUUGCCUAUACCUGACCAUGAAAUCUGUACGACUCAACAGCAAUCCAAAAGUAACGUUUCCCACAAAGAGCCUAUCUUGGUACAACAAAAUGCUGUCAAAGAGCAGUCUGAGAGCAGUGUUGUGAAAACAGUAAGUGAGCUUCCUACAACUGUAAAGGAAAGUAAAGUGAAGAAACAGUCUGAUUGUAAUACUGUGCACACUGGCAGUGGUUUGCCAGCAUUAGUAGAACAAUGCACAGAAGAAAAGAAAGAUUUGUCUUUGAAUGCCGCAGCUUCAGUAGAAUAUCCAAACAAAUCCAAGUCUAAUAAAACCGAGAAUGAGUCAGCAGAAAAUGCAUCUUUAGAACAGGUACAAGACAGUUCCCAUAAACAAGAGAACAAGCUCCCAAUAUCAAACAUCACAGGAGGUCCUUUACAAAAUGUCCAGAUGGAAAGCCUAUCACAACCCACUUCUGUUACAGCUAUACAAAGCAAUACAACCAAUUCACCACUAAGUGAAAAAGAAGCCACAACAUCAUUAACAGAUAUUACUAAGUCAGAGUUUAAGAAUAAAAAACCUUUACAGUACAGUGACUUGAAUACAGGUCCAGAAGUUUCGCAGAAUGCAGCAGCAGUAGCAGCAAAACAGUGUAUUGUGGGGGCAAAGUCUCGCUUGUCAUCUGAGAUUGUACUGAAAAGUCCAGCUCAGUUCAAUAAAAGAGACACACCUUCUAAUUGGUUAGAUGUUGAACAGAGUUGUGGACAAAAAGAGCAAAAUCUAAAAAAUAAGCUAAAUACCACAGAAAAUGAUGAUAGUGUCUUGGACACAUCAGGUGAUUUAGAGAGCUUUGUAGAAAACAUCAGGAACUUGGGUAACCCAUUUUCUUUGCCACAGAAGAGGCUAAAGCCUCUUAAAUCACCAGCACCACCCUUUGCCAUGCCACCCAUCAAGGAAGACCGGUUUGAGAAAACCCUUGAUCCAGAUGUCUUCAAGUUUGGGUUAGGGAAAAAAGAAAAAUCAAGAGACACACCCUCAUCAACACUGUUCAAGCUGCAAAGCAUGGAAGCAAAAAGCAAGCUCACCCCCAGGCGAUCAAGUGCAGAACAGAGUAUGCUGUUCAAAUCACACCAGUCGCUAAGCAUAAACAGUGUGGAAACUCAGAGUCCAGGCAACUCCGAGAAUGAGUCUGUAGAUGGUGUUGUCAGAAGGUCGCGUCUUGAGAAAAGCUCUAUUGUUUCAAGUCUGCUUAGUCCAUCAACAACGCCACGGAUGAAUCUGUCCGCAACAACCAGUACAGCUCUUAGUACUGUGCUUUCACCUACUGAAUCUGAAACAGCGUUAUCUCAAGAAACUAAGAGCACAACUUCUCUGUUCUUGCCCUCCACUUCAUCACAACUUGGUUUGCUUACAGGCACAUCCCAGACUUCCUUGUUGCGUAAUGGAGUAGAUGGGAGUAUAAAAGAACAUGCUAAACCGUCAUUUUUGACAAAUGACUUGCUUGGUCCACUUUCCGUUGAGUCCCCAACCCCACAGUUUUUGGAUAUUAAAUUGCCAAGUAUUUUGGACAAAUACCUGAAACCAGAUGACACAAAAACAGCACCAGUUCCAGAAAAUAGCUUCCAAAUGCCAGAAUUCAAACUUCCUGAAUUUCCUCAGUCAGGGCUGGAGUCCAGUAGUGACUAUAAUGUCAACAGGUUUGCCAACGGGAGCCAGAAUUUCUCCGGAUUAUAUAACCCCAGUCUACUUGGAACUCAGGCCCUUAUCCCUGGAAUGCCAUCUCAAAACAUUGAGAUUCCUGUUUCAGACCAGAGAAGGACCCACAAGAGACCAGGGAAGCUGGUAAUUUAUAAUCAACCACAGUUCUCAGGGGAAGCUAAUGAAAUCUUCAGAGACGUGGAAGAUGCCACUUCAUUUAAAUUAUCGUCUGUCAUUUCUGUAAGGGUGGUAAGAGGAUGCUGGAUUCUCUAUGAAAAGCCGCACUUUCAAGGCCGGUCAAUAGCUUUGGAAGAGGGGCAGACAGAGCUGGUAAAUGUCUGGAAUGAAGUGGCCUGUGAAGAGAAUGCUGCAGGUGACAGCAAGCCUGACACUCCAGCUCACAUGGUGAUCGGCUCCAUUAAGCUAGCAGUAAAGGAUUACAGAGUACCUGAGAUUGACCUUUUCACUGAUCCAGAAGGCAUGGGAAGAAAGAUGACCUUCUUUGAUGAUUCAUUGGAGACAUGCACAUAUGGAAUACUAAUAAACACAUCAUCUAUCAAAGUCCAUUCCGGAGUUUGGCUUGUCUUUGAAGAGUCUGGUUUCUGUGGAUGUUCCUGCAUCUUGGAGCCAGGAGAAUACCCCUACCCAGAGUCCUGGGGCUUUCAGCAUCCUAUAGUUGGAUCACUUAGGCCACUGAAAAUGGGUGGACUGAAGGUAGAGCAUCCUAAUGAGCCCAAGGCUAUUGUUUAUGAGAAGCCAUUUUUUGAAGGGAAGCAUUUGGAGAUUGAAAGUGAUGCUUUUAGCUUCAAUGAGGGUGAUGACAAUGAAGAUCAUGCCACCUGUUGGGUAAAGAAAUUGGGAUCUGUUGGCUCAAUUAAAAUCCUACGAGGCAUCUGGGUGGGAUAUGAGAAGCCAGGUUUCGAAGGGCAUCAGUAUUUGAUGGAGGAAGGACAGUUUGAAAAUUGGAAAGACUGGGGUGGUUACUGUGAGCAGCUCCAAUCUUUACGACCCAUAAUCGCAGACUUUUUGGCUCCACACAUGAAGCUGUGCAGUGAGAAGGAUUUUGGUAAAAAUGGUCACACCAUGGACUUGCUGGGGCUGGUUCCGAACAUGGAAGACACAGGCUUUGGUGAAAUUACACAGUCUGCUGAAGUAAUUAGUGGCGUAUGGGUUGCUUUUGAGGAUCCUGGUUUUUCUGGGCAACACUAUAUCCUGGAAAAAGGAAUGUACAGUAGCUAUGAGGACUGGGGAGCCCAAACCUUCAAGCUCUCAUCUGUUCAGCCCAUAUUUCUGGAGAACAUAUAUGGAUCGAAGGUGAAAUUUAAGGUUCAAUUGUUCUCGGAGCCUGGUUUCCAAGGUAGCAGUCAGACACUGGAAGAAAGUGCGUCAGUGCUUCCUGAAGGAAUCUCUGUGAAGUCAUGCAAGGUUUUGACUGGCAGCUGGGUGGUAUACGAAGAAGAGAUGUUCGGGGGGAAGCAAUAUUUGGUGGAAGAAGGAAACUACCCAGACCUGAUUGCUAUUGGCUGUCCGAGUUUGAACACAUGCAUCAAAUCUGUACAGAUUAUAGAUUUUGAAUUUUCUGAGCCAUACAUUAUGCUUUUUGCAAAAGAAAACUUCAGAGGGAAGAAAAUUGUUCUGAAGGAUACGGCUGCCAACCUACAGUUACUAGGGUUCGAUGCCCACAUCUUCUCUGUGCAAGUGGGUGGAGGAAUAUGGGUUGUUUAUGAACAGAGUAACUAUAGAGGAGAGCAGAUGUUACUGGCACCAAGUGAAAUAUCAUCCUGGCACAGAUACAGUGGGUGGCACAAGAUCGGCUCCUUACGGCCUGUGUAUCAGAAACGAGUAUUCUUUAGACUUCGGAACAGGGCAACAGGCACCCUAAUGUCAGUGACAGGCAGUCUGGAGGAUAUUAAACUGUCAAGAAUCCAGGCUGUGGAAGAUACUGGAGCUGAGCACCACAUCUGGUUUUUCCAAGAAGGACUCCUCAGAUGCAGGGCGGUAGAGGACUGUUGUUUAGAAACUACAGGAACCAUUGUAAUAGCUGGUAACCGACUAGGCCUGUCACCAGAGCCGGGAAAAGAGAAUCAUUUCUGGAGCAUCAGUCCUGAUGGUUUAAUAAGAUUUAGGUUGAAACCGGAAUGUGUUUUGGAAGUAAAAGGAGGUGAACAAUAUGACAAAAACCAAGUGAUCCUAAAUACGUUUGAAGAAAACAAACAGAAUCAGAGAUGGGAUAUGGAAAUCUUGUAAACUGCUUUCACACACAAACAGAAAAGGCCAUGGUGUGCCUUCUAGUGCAACACUCUGCAUGCAUACCAGCUUCUGAUGGUGGGCUUAAGUAAUACAGCGGAGAUCAGGUUCUUUGUACACUGCCUGACACCUUUUAAUAUUUUAAAAAAUGUUUUAUUAGACACUAUUUUUACUUAUGUUAUGCAUUCUUUAGCUCCAUAUGUAACCAACUAAAAGAAACAAAUGUAAAAGCUCUCCUCCCAAGAAAGACAGCAGCACUGCACAAUGGUUGCUGGUCCUGGAUGUACAGCAUUACAUUAUGUACAUAUCCGUCUUUGACUGCAAGUUGGUUUUUUGGGUUUUUUUUUGUUUGGAAAUUUAAUAAACAUAUAAAGGGGU